GUGUUUUGCAUUUUCGACACUUAAGGAUUCCAUACAAAACAAAAUAUAUAAAAAGUGUAAUUAAAAAUGGCGUCCGCUGGUUUAAAGCGUCGAUUUGAAGGAGAUAUAGAAAUCAGGGUUAAAGGUGGUGACGUUUUUCAUGAAGUGUUUCAAGAAAGGCCUCAUGACAUUAGCAGCAUUCAUCCUGAGUUUGUCCAGGGUUGUGACUUGCAUCAUGGUGCUUUUGGUACUCCUGGUUCCAAAAUCUGCUGGAGUUAUACUCUUGAUGGGAAGCCUCAAAAAGCAGUACAAAUACUUGAAGUAGUAGAUGAAACAAAUAAGGUGAUCAAAUUCAAAAUGGUGGAAGGAGACUUGAUGAAUGACUAUGACACAUUUGUUAUUACUUACCAAGUUAUACCUGAAGGGAAGGACUUAAGCUUAGUCAAAUGGAUUUUUGAGUAUGAGAAGAAGCAUGCUGGUGUUCCUGAACCAAGUUCAUUGAUGGAUGCUUUGCUUGGGUUAGCCAAGGAGAUUGAUGAUCAUCACCAUCGUGAUGACAAAUAGACAUUUAACGGUCUGCUUGGUAGUCGAUGCCUCAAGAAUCAAAUGUUAAUGUGUCAUUAGUAUGAUUUGGUUUUGUUUUUAUGUUGGGUAAUGAAAAAUAAAGCAUGUUUGGUCAUGUUUCUAUGGAUCAAACAUGCAUGUGUGGUGUGUGUUGUUGUAAUAUGAAUAUGCUUUAUUUGUCUUUUAUUUCAUGUUUUGUCACCCUCAUGAAAAUAUAUGUUAUAUUAUUAAUUUGUUGGAAUAUAUGAAUUAUGUAAAAAUAUAUUGGUUUUGGAAAGAUGAAA